AUGGUGAGUGAUAUUGAUUACCCCAGGCCCCAGUUGUCCACCUGGUUUUACUUAAUGGAUUUAAUUCUUCUUCAAGACUGCAAUAAUGGAUGCGCUGCAGAAUGCACCGGAGAAGCAGGCUCAAAGAGGUGAUGGGAAACUUUUAAGGCUAAAGAUCUAAUAAUCACACCAGCCACCGUUUUGAAGGAAAAACCAGACCCAAAUACUCUGGUUUUUGGAACUGUUUUCACGGAUCACAUGUUGACAGUCGAGUGGUCCUCAGAGUUUGGAUGGGAGAAACCACACAUCAAGGCUCUUCAAAACUUGUCAUUGCAUCCUGGCUCGUCGGCUUUGCACUAUGCAGUGGAGUUAUUUGAAGGCAUGAAGGCAUUUCGAGGGGUGGAUAAUAAAAUUCGACUCUUUCCAAACCUCAACAUGGAUAGGAUGCACCGAUCUGCUGUAAGGGCAACUUUGCCGGGAUUUGACAAGGAAGAGCUUUUAAAGUGUAUUCAAAGCUCGAAAUUGGAUCAAGAAUGGGUGCCAUAUUCAACAUCUGCUAGUCUAUAUAUUCGUCCUACAUUCAUCGGAAACUGAGGUGCCAAUUGACUCCCUCCUUCUCUUGGAGUCAAGAAGCCUACCAAAGCCCUGAUCUUUGUAAUCUUGAGCCCAGUGGGACCUUAUUUUUCAAGUGGAACCUUUAACCCAGUGUCCCUGUGGGCUAAUCCGAAGUUUGUAAGAGCCUGGAAAGGUGGGACUGGGGACUGCAAGAUGGGAGGGAAUUACGGCUCAUCUCUUUUUGCCCAAUGUGAAGCAAUGGAUAACGCGUGUCAGCAGGUUCUGUGGCUCUACGGAGAGGAUAAUCAGAUAACAGAAGUUGGAACUAUGAAUCUUUUUCUUUACUGGAUCAAUGAAGAUGGAGAAGAAGAACUGGCAACUCCUCCGCUAGAUGGCAUCAUUCUUCCAGGAGUGACCAGACAGAGCAUCCUGGACCUGGCACGCAAGUGGGGUGAGUUUAAGGUGUCGGAGAGGUACCUCACCAUGGAUGACUUGACAACAGCCCUGCAGCAGAACCGAGUUAGAGAGAUGUUUGGCUCUGGCACAGCCUGCAUUGUUUGCCCAGUUUCUGAUAUACUGUACAAGGGUGAGACUAUCCACAUUCCAACUAUGGAGAAUGGGCCUAAGCUUGCAAGCCAGAUCUUGGACAAAUUGACCAAUAUUCAAUAUGGACGAGAAGAGAGCGACUGGACAAUCAUCGUAUCCUAAGUGGAAAAUACAGGAUAUUACCUGUGUGCUAUUGGGAUAGACUAUUGCAUCUGAAUUAUGAUAGAUUGUCUGGCUACCUGUUUUCAGUUGUGCAUAAUAUAGUUUGUGUGAUCAGUGUUACCAGGGGGAUUGUUUCCUCAUACUAGAGAAAAUGAAUUGCAAUCAUCAAAUGGUGUAUUGUAAACCUGAUCGUAGAAGCUUAUCUUACCUUCCCUUAGAAAGAUGAUAAUGUAAGCCAUAUAGCAUAGAAUUUUCCUCAGUAUUCUUAGUGCCUCCCUAGUACUUCACUCAGAUACAAAAAUGUUUGUUUAUUCUUUAGCAUAGGUUGUAUUCUACUCCUCAACCAAAUGAAUUUGUGUGUGUGUGUGUGUUUGAAAGCUGAUCUGAGUAAAAUUCACAUGUAACAUUGUCUGUGACACAUUUUUAUCCUCAGAAAGUGUUUUGUUUUUUUAGAUCAAGACUUUCAAAAACUGGAUUUUCUCAUGUCACCUUUGUUUUGGUAGGCCCCCUAUGUCCAUCUUAAGGCAAAUCUCUUCCUCUUCCUGAUGUCACAGGCUGCUCGAAGGUCUUGUGCAUCAGUGAGAUCUGUGCACAUUUCUACCAUUGCCCUUUCCAUGUUGUGCUGUGAUUGGCUGCUUGUUAGUAGUGUCUGUACAACACUGAGGGUCUUGUGCCUUAGAGAUCUUUGUAUCCCCAAUGCCUGGCACAUAAUAGGUACUCAGUAAAUAAUGAAUAAAUGAAUAUUUACCUUCUAUAGAAGUGAACUUUCUUUGUUUCUAUAUUAUGAAACCUCUUUAUUAGAAUUUGUGAUUGAUUCGACAUUGUAUAUUUUUACCUCACAUUGUCUUUGUUUCUCAUGGUCUGCUAAGCAUUAGAGAUACUCAGAGGCAUAGUUUCUUGGAGGAAUUUUUUCGUAUGCAAAGACUGUCUUGAAAUUGAAGUUGUACCUCUAGAGUGAAGUUGUGAUAUCAUACCAAAUGGAAAUGACAAAUGAUACAUGUUGAGUGUUCAAUACAAAAUAAUUCACCCUAUUUAGUUUUUUAGUAGAAAGCAAAGAGGUAUACUUUGGUUUUUAUACUCUUGGUUUUAUACGUGCUCUUUGCUGUUGAAUAAUGAAGGAUUGGAUGAGUACAAAGUUAGGGUACAGGGAGAUGAUAUUUUCCUUGUUUAGGAACUCUGAGUUAAAAUUGUAUCCUGGUUUUUCUAGAAGAAAGUCAAAUCUUGAUAGAAAACAUUCACUCUGGAAGGUCAACUCUCAGAUGUUAUAUUUUGGUUUCUUGCGGUACUAAUAACUUUCAUCUUGCUGAUCUUAUUUCAUUCUCUUUUCAAAGCAAGGGAAAAAAAAAUUCUAAAGGUUUGAUGCAUUGGAAAACUUUCCUUAAGGCAGUUAGCAGCACAUAGCAAAUGGGACUUUGAUUCUUUUCCAAGACUUUUGGCUGUAGGGUCUUUUAUAGAUAGAAAUGGUAAAAUGAAAAUUAGGGAAGUAUAAGAUGAAAAGGAAUGGUAAAAAUAUAUUUUAGGGGGCUUUUAAUUGUUGAUCUGAAGUUUUGGAGAGUCUGUUCUUUUCAGGCCUCAGGUACUUUACCUGUUCUCUAGUCCUUCACCAAGUAGCAUUCUAAGGGUGUGCACUUGCCUUGGCUAAAUCAUGUGACCUCAUUUUUAAUACAGUAUUCGAGAAAAGACUUCCAGGUAAUUUUAACCUGUUAAGUAGCAUAUAAAUAACUAAGACUCACAUUCCUAUGAGAAAUGGAAAUCAUUUGUUUGCCAUAAAUGCAUUUUAUACUUUGCAUUUCUAAAUUUAGUACGGCAAGACAGGUCCAUUACAUACAAAAGGUAGAGAACAAUGUUUUGACAAUAUGUCUGUAUGAUUUCUUUUGUUAAAACUUAAGAACAUUUUAAACCCUUCCUAUCAGACUUGGUGAAGAUUAAGGAUAUAAAUUUUUAAAAAACUGAAGGUCUCCUAAAACAAAGAACAUAGUCUGCCAUUCUUAUUUAAGUAGUAAGACAGGAAAUGGACCUUGACACUAACUUGUUAAAUAGAUUUAAAAGAAACAUCUGCACAUCUUUUUUCCUUGUGCACUAUUUGUUUUAAUUGCAGUAGAUUGAUACAGCAAGAGUGACACAUUAUAACUAGGCAAUUAUCCAUUCUUUGAGACUUAGUUAUUGUAACACUAAUUGAUCAGUUAAGGCAUAAAAUAGUCUAGCAUUAGGAACAUGUAAUAGGCUAAUCUGCUCAAAAAGAUCAACAAAUUAAUAUUGUUGCUGAUAUUUGCAUAAUUGGCUGCAAUUAUUUAAUGUUUAAUUGGGUUGAUCAAAUGAGAUUCAGCAAUUCACAUCUGCAUGAACAUAAACAGAACUGGUGGCACUUAAAAUGAUAAUGAUUAACUUAUUUUUCAUGUUCUCUUCCACAUUUUUCAGUUUUUUUUUUUUUCAUUUCAGACCAAAUUUGUUGGUUUUUUUCAAAACACAUUAGUAGAAACCAAGAUUUUAAAAUGAAGCAUUUAGACGUAAACAAAAUAUGAGCAUUUCCUGAAGACAUUUGCUAUUAGAAAUUUUCUUCGUUAUAGUCGUUUAUUAAGGAUUCAAUUUAUGAUACACCAAAAGAAGCGUCAACCUCAGGGAUGUAUACCAUGCUGUCUAGUACCUUGCAGCUGGCUGAAAUGAAUAAAUAAUAUCUGCAUUAACCUUUGCUUUCAAAAGUACAAAGGAAAAGUAAAAUAGAAAAAGAAAUGACUGAGAAACUUUGUUAAGAGAUCGUGUUUGUCCUACCUGCUCAGCACCCUCUAUUCUUGUUAAGAUUUCUGUAAAAAAAAAAGAAAGAAA